ACCAGAUGACCUCGGGUCCCAACCGUGCCCAAGCUCUCGUAAGUCCUCCUGCCCUGCAGGGGGCGCAGGCCGAGUUUGCCAGGGCCGGCCGGGCCGGGUCGAGCCGCGGCCUCUAUGGGGCCUGCCAUGCCGGGAGCGAGUGCUGAGGCGGAGGCUCCGGCGUCCCCCGGCGGAGGGGCGGGCAGCUCGGGGCCCGAGGAGCCGGGCCGCGCCGGGAGCCAGGCCCAGGUGCGGGACCUGCUGUUGCAGCUUCAAGACCUUCAGGCUGAGCGCUCUGAGGCCUUUGGACUCCUGGACCAGGGUCAUCAGGCCUACCUGAGCAGCGGUCCGCACUAUGACUUCCCUCGCUACCGGCAGCUGGUGCACGAGGUGACUGAGGCCUUCGCCAGCAUCUCCCAAGAAGUGCUGGCCAUCCAGCAGUGGCUCAAGGACACCCAUGGGCGGCCCGACCUUGCCCAGCACCUGGCCCGUCUACAGGAGCAGGAGCAGCAGCGCCUGGAGCUGACAGCGGCUCUACAGCUGGCCAGGCAGAAGGCCCAAGAGGAGCCAGGGGCCGCGGCCCCCAGAGAGGAGGUUCGGGAACUGCGCCAGAGGAUAAUUAAAACCAUGGAGGUAAUCAGUGAGAUUGUCCAGGACCUGAAGUAUGAUUCGGAAGAGGCUGAGUGAUGUUUGGCCCCGAGGGAGAUGGGAAACGCUAGAAGGAGAGGCGCCCCUCAGCCUCCUCUGGGGUCACCGGGCUCCAGCUGGGGGAUGGGAGGGCCUGCUCAGGGCCUUUACCCCCCAGGAAUGCCCCUGGACCUCACCCUGCUGGGGGUGGAGGCCAUCUCGUUCUGGCCGUGGGGCAGCAUCUCCAUCAGCCCCUACUGCUCCCAUCUGUUUGCCACAAUAAAGCCUUCUCCUUUCUC